CAGAGCGCGCACUGGACCGAGCAGUACACGUGGGCCCUCUUCAAAGCCCUCUCCCACAUGCUCUGCAUCGGCUACGGCAGGUACCCGCCACAAUCGACCACAGACGUGUGGCUAACCACCGUCAGCAUGUUGACGGGAGCCACUUGUUACGCACUGUUCGUCGGUCACUCAACCACGCUCAUUCAGUCGUUUGACACGUCGAGAAGACUCUACAGAGAGAAGUUCAAACAAGUUGAAGAGUACAUGAUCUACCGAAAGCUACCCCGCAAGUUGCGUCAGAGAAUCACAGAUUACUACGAACACAGGUACCAGGGCAAGAUGUUCGAUGAACAGAGCAUUCUAGCUGAAGUCAACGAGUGCUUAAGAGAGGAAAUAAUAAACUUCAACUGUCGAGCCCUGGUGGCAUCAGUCCCCUUCUUUACCCACGCCGAUCCAAACUUCGUGUCCGACAUCGUGACGAACUUGCGGCACGAGAUGUUCCAGCCGGGGGACUACAUCAUCAGGGAGGGCAGCGUCGGCACGAAAGUCUACUUCAUCCAGGAAGGCAUCGUCGACAUCAUCACGCAGAACGGAGAAGUUGCCACCUCCCUCUCGGAUGGCUCAUACUUCGGAGAAAUUUGUUUGCUGGCGAAGACGAAGAGGACAGCGAGCGUGAGGGCAGAAGCCUACUGCAACUUGUUCUCACUGUCGGUUGAACAUUUCGACAACGUGCUCGAGAGGUACCCGCUUAUGAGGAGGACUAUGGAGAGUGUCGCUGCUGAAAGACUGAACAAGAUUGGCAAGGACCCCUGCAUUCUGAGCAACAGGGAUGAC